ACGGUGAACGAGAAACAACUCCAAGCAGAUAACGAUCGUCUGAGAAAUGAAGUGAACGAAGUGAAGGAGAGGAUGGAUAGACAAGAUAACACUGUAAGUGGUUUGCAGUCAAGUCUGGACACUCUCAGCAGAGACCACAACAAUGUCACGGUGUGGAUGGAUAGACAAGAUAACACUGUAAGUGGUUUGCAGUCAAGUCUGGACACUCUCAGCAGAGACCACAACAAUGUCACGGUGUGGAUGGAUAGACAAGAUAACACUCUAAGUGGUUUGCAGUCAAAUCUGGACACUCUCAGUAGAGACCACAACAAUGCCACGAUGUGGACUGCAGUGAGUAAUAGAAAAAGGAGUGCACGGUUUGAUUGAAAACCACAAAAACGUUACCGAGUGGACGGCUAAAGUAGAAACCGGGCUGUACGAUUUGACUCAUAAUCAGUCUAACGUGACGGAGUGGACAGCGCACGUGGAGAGGAACACAUCGGACUGGAUAGCUGCAUUUGAGAGGAACACGUCGAACUGGGUAGGAAGUCUCGAUUAUCGAGAAAGUAGUCUAGAGAACUUCGUGGAGUUCAGCAAACACCAGACCAGAGAGACGUACGUGGAACUCUUCAGCAAAGUGAGAUACCAGUCUUUGCUGCUGCUGCUGGUUCUGGUUGCGUACGUCUGGAUGUUGGCGUUGACGAUGUGUGUAAAACAGAAGUCGGCGGCCAGAAGCAGUCUGUACUACCCCGAGUCACAACACUUUAACCGCACUCCUCACAGACCAGACCAACUGAGCUCCUUCCAACCCUAUCGAUCCCCAGAGGCAGCUCGACGUCCCACCACUGAUGUUUGUGUUGUGGGUUUCUAUACCGAGACGAGUCGCACCCAUCUGAAGAGUGUGCGAGACAUCUGCACUGCGUCUGCGACUGGAAUGCAAGUCCGGGUUGAGGUGACUGGGUUCACAGUGCACCGACACGAGGAUCUCGGAUCGAUUCCCCUCGCUAAGGUGUACGUGAUGUUCGUCGACUUCAAUGAAAGAAACGUCAUUCUGGAAGAUCCGCGUAAAGGACUUGGCGACCUCCGGCUGCUCACCGUCUGCUCUCUGUGGGCUCUGGGCGGUGACGUCAUACUGGUUUACGCGGGAGAUCUGGGUUCAAAAGGCCUGGAAGAAAAUGAACUCUUCAACUAUGGUCUGACGUCAAUCAACCACCAUGCGGAACUCUCAAAGCUGAAAAACCAACAAAGGAUGUUGAGCGUGCACAAGACAUUUACUCCAUAUCAGCGCAACCACAUCAAGGACAUAGUGGCAGCGAAAUGUGUUUAGUUUUAGUAUUGCGUUCACCCCCCGACACUCCCUUGAACAUAUUAUAUGAUGAUUUAAUUGUUUAUUAAAGGGACAUACCCUAGUUUCAACCCGUGACAAUCAACACUAAGUUUAGUUAAACUACAAACCUAAAACACAUUUGGAUAAAGUUAAAAUUGAGUGAAACACUAGUCUG